GGAAGUUUCACCAUCGACAGAAAGCUCUGUACCGGACACAACAAGCCCUCAAACAUCGUCGUUUGGUUCCAGAGAAGAAGAGGAUGGCUCGAUUGGCAAUAAUACUCAUUUUGGUGCUUAAUUUUGAAGCAGGCAUCCACGGACAAAUCGUCUACACAAGACCUGGAGAAAAUGCCUUUCUGCCUUGUGUUGGUCGAUCAUUUUCUGACCCAACUUGCUCAAACGUUGCUUGGGUUUUCAACAGAGAUGCAACUCUUCCUGAUGUUGGGAUAGACUUUGUUAGCAGGAGUUUGGACUCUGACUGCUCUUUGGUCUUGAAGAACGUCUCUGCUGAGGAUGUUGGACUUUACAAGUGUGGGGGGAGCGAGGAGGUGUAUCUGAAUCUUCUGACAAUCUCUCCAUCUCCACUAGAUGCUGAUCCAAUGAGGGACGGUGAGGUCAAGUUAAAGUGCUCUCUCUUUAGUCACAGUACAUCCGGUUUUUGCCAAAAGGGCACCAUCCCCUGGGUGGAUGAGACGGGAACCGUGCUGCUGGAUGAAGGUGUCGGGUACCAUUUCCACGGACAGGAGAAAUGUGUCUCCUCUCUGACUGUGAGGCAGCAGAGCGGCCACAACAGGAAAUACACCUGUCGGUUUGAUCAGGACAGCGUGACAAAGAUACAGUCUGACUACACACCUGACUUCCUAGGCGGGAACCAGACGGAAAUAUCCAAUCCAGAUAAUAUCACAGUAGUGCCUCAUAGCUACGCCAUGUGGGCUGUGCGUAUUGCAGGAGUGGUCCUGAUUAUUGUUAGCACCGUCCUAAUCAUCAAAAGGAUAUGUAACACAAAAUGCAUUCUUAAGGAUAAAAACAAAUUUAGGAAUGAUGAAGACGUCAGGUAUGAGAAUGGGGGAGUCCAUCUUGCUAAUGCUAGGUGGCCCUGAUCAACAUCUUCAGCUCGUCAGAAACUCAAAAACCAUCAGGGAUUUCAAACCAUUGACUCUUUUUACAUUUUAGUUUACAAUAUCUGUCUGACUGCUUUCUGUGUACACAACGACAGGACGUUUCUCAGGAGGUGGUGGAGACCAAAAAUGGAGCUAAAAGACAGUAAACGUACCAUACAUCAGAUGAACUCAACUUAUAGGAUGAUGUAUUGCUGAAUGUGUAAAUAAAGAAGGUCUUAUAUGCUUUGGUUUUAAUAUGCAGAGGUGUUUUCACGCUGUUUGGGGAGUUUUCUUUCGUAAUGAAGGCACAUAAAUUGAUUAAUUGAGCUUCAAAUGAUUUUGAAUGACUGAAUUUUGUUUAGCUAAAAAUGUCUUGUACUGUUUUUCUCCUAUACAUUUGUAGUCUGUAGUCUGAUAUCCCAUGUCCAAAAAUGUACACUGCUAUAAUUAGUUUAGAUCCUUCAGUGCUUUCCAUUUAUGUAUGCUAAUAUGUGGGAAAUACUGUCAAAGAGUGAAUGUCAUCGUGAGUUUAAAGACGGCAGUGUCCAUGUAUACCAACGUCUUCUCUGUUGUCAGAUUUCGUGUUUUAAUAAACAUUUAUUCAAAAAGGACAAUUAA